AUGCCAAGCUCUACCAUUAUUCGUUACAAUAACGAGCCCGUACGCGUGUGUGAUUGCUGUAUUCGGGAUCAGAAUCAGUUGAUGCUAGAGCGUCGACGUGCUGAAGAUGUAGAGCGAGCUCGAGCACGACAAGUGGCAAUGUUAGAGGAAGGGGAGCGUCAACGUGAGGUGGAGCGGAAGCAGAGAGAACGGAAAAUAGCAGAAGCACAAGCUCGACGUGAAUUACGACUACGUGCGAUUGAGGAAAAGCAUUUAGGCUCUCGUCCGAAUCUCCGAACAUUGAGGUCGAGAUAUUCGAGAAGCCUGGACGACUGUGCACGAGAUGCGCUGCCUCAAUCGCUCUACUCAAAGGAACUAAGCUCGUUCCUUGAAGACGCGGAAAAACGAUCUGUUGCGUUGAUUGCCAAGCCGUAUGCGACCGAUGAUAUUUUUGAAGUUAAAGAAAACUUGGAUGGCGCCGAGACGGUGGAGACGACAGUGGUUCAGGAAGCCGAGGAGUGUGCCAUUUGUCUCGAGACCAUGGACGUUGGAGACGCGAUUUACACGACAGCGUGUGGACACAGUUUUCACUGGAGUUGCCUGAAGGAAAUUCAGAAAUCGGACUCAAGCAACCAUGACAUGUGCCCGUCGUGCCGUGCUAUCAUGACAGAAAUGCAGGUCAAAAAGCAGUGUGACCAUCCGCGUGUGCGACUUGGACAUCAGUUUUGUCGCGAUUGCGGCGCUCCAGCCACAGGUAGGGACGCAAAACCUCGAGUUGAUGAUAUGGCUGCUGCGGGAGGCUCUGAUAUGCAAAUGUCGACUUCUUUUGGUGGACCAAACCUGAAUCAACCUGUGUCAUAUCGUGCCAGUUCGCACGGGGCACUUGUUCGUUGUCCGCAGUGCCAUAUCCAAAUGCGGGUGCUGCCUCAUAUGUAUAAUAUGCGUGUGGCAUGUCCAUCAGGCCACAUGUUCUUGGUUCAAGUUGCUGGACAAGCGGGAGGUGGCGGUGGUGGGUCGCGAGUUGCACUGGGUGGCUCAAGGAUUCCCCCACGUGGCAUGAGUAUGGGCUAUCCGGGUUCAUACAAUCACUCCACAAACGCUUACUCCGGACUGUAG